AUGGCAGCCAAUAUCGAUCCUAAUUCUGCUGUUUACGCUACUGAUGAAUAUGGCAGACCCUUCAUCAUUGUGAGAGAAGGUCAACAAAAGUCAAGAUUGAGUGGUCUCGCUGCUAUUCGUUCUCAUAUCCUCGCUGCAAAGACUGUAUCCAACAUUAUCAAAACCUCUCUUGGCCCUCGCGGUCUUGAUAAAAUCUUGAUUUCCCCUGAUGGUGAUAUUACUGUCACCAACGACGGUGCUACCAUCCUCGAUCAAAUGGCUGUUGAACACCAAAUCGCCAAAUUGCUCGUUCAAUUAUCCCAAAGUCAAGAUCAAGAAAUUGGUGAUGGUACUACAGGUGUUGUUGUGCUUGCCGGUGCCUUGUUGGAACAAUGUGAGCAGCUCUUGGAUCGUGGUAUCCAUCCUAUUCGUAUUGCCGAUGGUUUCGAACGCGCCUGUGCUGUUGCCGUCAAGCAUUUGGAUGAAAUUUCAGAUACCAUUGAAUUCAGCAAAGACAACGUCUCCAAUUUGAAGAAGACUGCCAUGACCAGUCUUGGCAGUAAAAUCGUUUCUAAAUUCCACGAACAAUAUGCUGAUAUCGCUGUCAAUGCAGUUUUGUCAGUUGCUGAUUUGGAGCGUAAAGAUGUUGAUUUCGAGUUGAUCAAGGUGGACGGUAAAGUGGGUGGCUCUUUGGAAGAUACCAUUUUGGUGAAGGGUGUUGUCAUUGAUAAGGACAUGUCCCAUCCCCAAAUGCCUCGUGAAGUACACGAUGCCAAGAUUGCCAUUUUGACCUGUGCAUUCGAACCACCAAGACCCAAGACCAAGCACAAGCUCGACAUUACAUCUGUCGAAGAAUACGAAAAGUUGAAGGCCUACGAAAAGGAAAAGUUCAGUUUGAUGAUUGAUCAAGUAAAGAACUCUGGCGCCAACUUGGUUAUCUGUCAAUGGGGUUUCGAUGACGAGGCAAAUCACUUAUUGUUACAAAACAAGUUACCUGCUGUGAGAUGGGUUGGUGGCCCUGAAAUUGAGUUGAUUGCUAUUGCUACCAACGGUCGUAUCGUCCCUCGUUUUGAAGAUUUAUCUGCUGACAAGUUGGGUAAGGCUGGUGUUGUCCGUGAAUUGAGCUUCGGCACCACCAAAGACCGCAUGUUGGUCAUUGAAGAAUGCGCUAAUAGUCGCGCUGUCACUGUAUUCGUCCGUGGUGGUAACAAGAUGAUUAUUGACGAAGCCAAGCGAUCUCUCCAUGAUGCCAUGUGUGCUGUCCGCAACUUGGUUCGUGAUAACCGUGUUGUCUAUGGUGGCGGUGCUGCUGAAAUCAGUUGUUCUCUUGCUGUUGCAAAGGUUGCUGACGAGAUUUCCACAAUUGAGCAGUAUGCUAUGCGCGCAUUUGCUGACGCAUUAGAUGCCACACCUCUUGCACUCUCAGAAAACUCUGGUCUCUCUCCUAUUGAAACUUUGGCUCAAGUCAAGGCAGAACAGGCAACUACUGGCAAUUCCAAACUCGGUAUUGAUUGUCUCAAUAAGGGUUCUAAUGACAUGAAAGAUCAACAUGUAUAUGAUCCUUUGAUUUCGAAGCGUCAACAAUACUUGUUGGCCACUCAAUUAGUCAAGAUGAUUUUGAAGAUUGACGAUGUGAUUACUACUUAUGAACAAUAA